CCUAGGGUUGUAAUAGGCCAUUUUCGACCCUAGGGAAGAGAAAAGUGUCUAAAAUAUGUAAGAAAACCCUGUAUAGAGUUCGUCGGUUUUUGUCGUCAUUGUCAAGAAACGGGUCAAAAUAAGAGCGACGGCUGCGUCCAGAUCGCAACGAUUCGGGAGCAAGUGUUUUUUCAAAUACUUCCGAAACUCUAUACAAUCUAGUAACUGAAUAUUUUCCACUUCUUCUGAAAAUAACUAUUUCGUUCCCGUUGGAUAGGAAAUGAGACAAGAAAUUGAAGUGGAAAAAAGCACGCCUUCCCCACACAAAGACACUGGGAUAAAAGUCUAGUGUACCACCUUGCAGUAGUUUUCCGUGACGCUUAUUUUACUGUCUCAUAAACUCUUGUAAUUGGAAAAUUGUUUGGUGGAAAAUUCUCCUUUGUUCGCCGCUUCGGAAGAGUCUACAAUCAAUUUUAGUUUUCAUUUCCCGUUUUAUCUUUAAUUGCAUUAGAUAUCGUAAAACCAAGCGAACCGAUUGUAUCUAUCUACUUGAAACAAAGAGAAAAAAAGCAAAGAAAUGUCUGACUACGAACUCCCCAUAGCAAAACAUAGCCGUCUCUCUAUAUACCUUCCAUAAUUGAAUCCAUUGAGUUAUGCCGUUUGAGUGUAGGAAUAUUUUUAUGUUUUAGUUUAUACGCAACCAGUUGUUUUUUACAUUCGGUCCGUAUAUUACACGCUGUUUUUUUCGUCGUAUACAAUAGUAACGAUAGUAAUGUUUUAAAUGUUGACGUAUACGGUUUAUAUGCUUCUUUAGUUUUGUGUACACGUAUCAAAAUAAUAUCAUCAAAAUAUCUAUUGGAUACAAGAGAACCGUUUGAAUUCGUUUGAAAAAAAGAAAGAAGUCGCUCGGGAGGAAAGGAAGGCAGAUAAAAAAAAAAGUAUUUUCAAAAAUAAAAUGUAAAGUGUUUCCAUUUCGACAAUAACGCCUCAAAAACCCAUCAUUGUGGAAGAUUAAUAUUUACAAGAAAAAGAAAGAAAAAAAAAUAAUUUCAAGUGUCGACUCUUCGGUACAAUGAAUUAAAUAAGUGAUUUUCCAGUACAUGUUCGAUGGUUUAAUGAUUGAAAUUAUUAGAAGCCAGUUGAUUUGUAACAGAAAAAACUAAAAAUUAAAGUGCCAUCAUCAUGACAGUGUUGUAGUAUUCUAGUCAGUCACACCAAAAUCACAAAACCAAAACCUAAUCAGUACAAGUGUUUGAGAAAAAAUCAACCGAAAAAUUCCGAAAAAUUUACGAUAAAAAUGUGGCGUGAUACAAGUGCGACCCAGGUACACCAACCAUUAAAUUCGUACCAGCAUUAUCCGCAAUCAUCUCAACCGCCACCACCAGCAAUAAACGGAAAUAAAUGGAAUGUACCCGGUCAACGUAGUUCAUACUCGUUACCACAUCCCGGCCAUGUUCAAAGCAACAUGCGCUGGCAACACCAACAGAAACCCGAUCCACAACUGUCCAGCUCUACCCGGAAUUUAACACACACUCCGUCAUUUUUACAUCCAUCAAAGGAUAUCAAUCGACAGCCGUCGCAUAUGGGUCGACAGCGACCGAAUUCCAUGUACGAAACGCCGACGACUGGAGGAGGUUUCCAUCAAAAUGGUUUCGGUGGAAAGUCGCCAGCAAUUCCGGUCAACGGAUCUUUGAAGCAAAAAGCAGCCGAGCUGAAAGUGGAUCCGGAACUCAUUUUCACAAAACAGGAACGAAUUGGUAAAGGUUCUUUCGGCGAAGUUUUUAAGGGUAUUGACAACAGAACACAGCAGGUGGUGGCCAUAAAAAUUAUAGACUUAGAAGAAGCUGAAGAUGAAAUCGAAGAUAUCCAACAGGAAAUUAUGGUGCUAUCUCAAUGUGAUUCCCCCUUUGUCACAAAAUACUACGGUUCUUAUCUUAAGGGCACGAAACUAUGGAUUAUUAUGGAAUAUUUGGGCGGUGGCUCCGCCCUGGAUUUAAUGAAAGCCGGUUCAUUUGAAGAAAUGCAUAUUGCCAUCAUUCUUCGUGAAGUGUUAAAAGGUUUAGACUACUUACAUUCGGAACGAAAACUCCAUAGAGACAUUAAGGCUGCCAAUGUACUGUUAAGCGAAAUGGGUGAUGUUAAAUUAGCUGACUUUGGUGUUGCCGGUCAAUUAACAAAUACCACAUCCAAACGUAAUACAUUUGUGGGUACACCGUUCUGGAUGGCACCCGAAGUGAUCAAACAGUCAAUGUACGAUUCAAAGGCUGACAUUUGGUCGCUGGGUAUAACCGCAAUUGAAUUAGCCAAAGGCGAACCGCCCAAUUCCGAAUUACAUCCGAUGCGUGUGCUAUUUUUGAUACCGAAAAAUAAUCCACCACAAUUGACGGGAAAUUAUACGAAACCAUUUAAGGAUUUUGUCGAGGCGUGUUUGAACAAAGAUCCACAGAAUCGACCAACGGCAAAGGAACUGCUGAAAUUUCCAUUUAUUAAAAAGGCUAAGAAGAACUCAUACCUAAUGGAUUUAAUAGACAGGUACAAGAAAUGGAAAACGCAGAAAGGAGAAGAAAGCGAAACAGAAUCGGAAAAUUCGGAUUCUGAAGAAUCAAAACCGGAUAGUGACUUAGACGAACCAUGGAUAAUGACCGUUAAAGGAAUGCAUAAUUUCAAUAAACAAACCGUACUUAUGGGUGAAGAGCCACUGAGUGCUUCUCCAAAUAAACACAAUGGUUCGCCUAGGGAUUCCAAUUUAAAUCACUACAAAGUAAAUCAGUCAAGGCCUUCCACAACAUCACCAAUAACACAUUCGCCAUCGAAUGACAAUCGAAAAGAACGUGACAUUCAGCCGAUUCCACUGUCGCCCGUUCAGCAAAAGGACCGCGAACGUGAAAUCGAACGACAGCGGGAUAUUGAAUGGGAACGGGAUAGAGAACGAGACAGGGAGCGUCGAGACGAGAGAUCAUCGAAAGAUAUAAUACCCCUAGACCAUAGAGGAGGCGCCGAGACUCCAACAUCGGACGAGCGCAGGUCCAGCUUGCGCAGGGAACGUGAGAAAGAGCCUACUCACAACGGAAAUGGUAACACAGGAAACAGUAUUACAAAUAUUACGCCGACCAAAAAUGGCCGACUAACAAACAACAGCGCCUGUUUGAGCAACGUUAUUUUUCCUCUAUUAUCAGACUUACAGCGUAAAUACCAUUACACAUCAAAAACACCGACAGCCGUUGAUGUUGUGGAUUUGAGAUCAGCAUUCGAACACGCCGAACGAAGUUAUCCCGGUGUUAGUGAUUUAUUUGUCAAAGAAAUUAUUCACAAAUUGGUGCCCGGUUUCUCGGAGACCCGAAUCAAUACGCUUAUGGAUAAGAUAACACGGUAAAAUGGAAGUUUUUUUUUUCGUUUUUUAAUUAUUUUUUUGUGUUGAAUAUUUAGACAAAAAAAAGCUGCAAAAAAUCCGAUUAAAAUAAAAAGUUUUUAAUGGGGGAGAUGGAUAGGACGGCAGGGGAAUAGUGAAUUAUAGUCCUUCUGUUGGAGUAAUGUGAUAAAUAAUAAAGAAAAGAAAUAAAUUGUAAUUGUUCCAUAAACGCAAUGAGGUGAGAGCAAAUUGUUUCUGUUUUAUCUUGUUUGAUUGGUCCAAUCCAAUAUAAUAUUCAAUUAAUCAAAAAAACUAUAUUGUUCCACUGAUCCAACGAUAUAUAUAUAUAUAAAUAUGCAUAAAUGUAGCAUGAAAUGGAUCAUUUAGUUAGAUUUAUAUUAAUUACCGUUUAUUCUCGUCUACCCCCAUUAGCAUGAAUUACAAAAAAGAAAUAAAAAUUUAAUAAAAUCAGCCAAAAUGCAGCUCGUUUUCCUCCCAAAGUAGACUAAAUAUAAAAAGUGAAAAAUUAUAAUAAUGGAGAUGAGAGUUAAUUAAAAUAAUUAGAAUGGAGAACAAAAAUUGUUAAAUAAUUAAUUAUAAAAAUGAAGAAGAAGAAGAAGAAGGAGAAACAUUAGAACAUAGAGAGAAACAGAGAGUUAGAGGGUGAAGAUUUAUCAUCGUUAAAAAACAAAUAUUUUUUUUUUUUGAAUUAGUUAACAACACACCUUAGUACCAGGACGAGAGACAAAAUAAUAAUAGAAAUUUAAAAAGAAAUUGUAAAAAAUAUUUAAACAAAUAAAACAUUAAAGAGAAGAAAAAUAUUUAAAAGCAACAAAGAAGAAAAUUACAAAAAAGAUUUUAAGCAACAAAAAAAACUAAAUUUCAAAUCAAGACAAAAACAGAGAGAAAAAUUUAAUUUUAUGUGAUUUGAACGUAAAUGGGUCGCAUGUUGAGUUGUAUGAAAUUAAAAUUAACAAAACAAAAAACAAACAAAAAAAAUUUAAUUAUUUAAUUUAAUUUAAUUUGCAAAUAAAUGAAAAAAAAAA